AUGCCUAAGUUCAGCGGAGGAGGGCAUAGUACAGUCUUCUUUUGGGAUGUCGAGGAUUGCCCGGUCCCUGAUGGUCUCACUGCUGAGGCUGUUUGGCGGAACAUGAGAAUGGCCCUUGCGAAUAAUGGUGAGUAUCUUGGAAGGUGCGAAAUCACCGGUUUUGGUGAUUACUCUCUGGCCACGAAACACGCUGGAAUCGGGAUGAUGUGCUCCCCUUUAGGUCAAUUACACACACUCUCUCUAUCUUUUACAUAUAUAUAUAGGAGACAGACGUACCAGACAGAGCAAGAUUUUAGUGGAAUUUCUUUGCCGGGCAAUCAGAUCACCUUCCCAAACAAAAUUUGUGCUGAUCCUGGGAGACAUCUCAGGCCACUCGGGGAUAAAGAUGCCAGACUUGAGAAGAUUAUUGUAGACUUUCUUUGCUGCGCAAUUGGCAAUCCUGAAAUAGAUAACUUGAUGCUCAUCGUGGGAGACCUCUCGGGUCACACACAGCCUCAAAACGCAUCACAACAGCUACUUAAAGCUGUACCUACAAAAUGGCUUUGGUCAAGCUUAUCAGCUGCACGGAACGCUGAGCUAGCGUUGAAUGCUAAGCUGCUGAACGGGUCGAGUUUGAAAUGA